GUGACGGGGGGUGAAUCAUCUUGCUCCAUCUCCGGUCCCGCUGCUCUCCGCCGCGCUGUGAAGUCGCGGGGCUUUCAGGUGUGUGAGCAGGCCGGGAGACGGACCGCAAACGGCGCAGAAACAACCGCCCCCCCGGUGCUGUAUCCCUGCGCCCGGCGGAGAAGAUAGUCCAAUGAAAGUUUCUGAGCUGGGACACAACACAGCAGCGACAUGGCAAGCUGUCCAGACCCGUGGGCACCAUGGGUGACAGUGCGUCAUGAGUGCAUCGGGCCCAGGUCUUACCGGGUGUCCCCCUCCACAUCCGUCCAAGAUGUCAAACAGAUGCUGUACGAGGAGACGGACCUGCCGGUCAAAGAGCAGCGGCUGUUUCACAAUGGGAGGAUGCUGGAUGACAAAGUGCAAAUUGGCAGCUUGGUCCCUGCAGGAAGCCCAGAAGUACCUAUGACCCUAGAGGGAAGGGGCCUUAAGGGAGGAGGGAGAUUCGGACAGACUACACCUCCCCUAGUGGAGUUUUUGAAGGAUAUUCUCAGAAGAUACCCGGAAGGAGGGCAGAUUCUAAAGGAGCUGAUUCAAAAUGCAGAGGAUGCCGGAGCCACAGAAGUGAAGUUCUUAUACGACGAGACCGAGUAUGGCGUGGAGUCACUGUGGUCACCUGACAUGGCUCAGCAUCAAGGGACAGCGCUGUAUGUCUACAACGACGCUGUGUUCACUGUGGAGGACUGGAACGGCAUCCAGGAGAUCGCAAGGAGCAGGAAGAGAGACGACCCGCUGAAAGUCGGACGAUUCGGGAUCGGCUUCAAUUCUGUCUAUCACAUUACAGAUGUUCCCAGUAUAUUCAGUGGGGAGCAGAUUGCCAUGCUGGACCCCCAUCAGACCCUCUUCGGGGUGAACGAGUCGGGGCAGUGUUGGAACCUGAAGACGGACAUUAAGGAGAUCACAGAGCUGAGCGAUCAGUUCGCACCUUACACGGGGAUCUUUGGCAUUUCUGAGAAAACCGUCUGGGACGGCAGCUUUCCAGGGACCCUGUUCCGCUUCCCGCUGCGCGUGAGACCUUCCCAGCUCAGUGGCAACAUUUACAACAAGGAAAAGGUUUUGGAGCUGUUUGAAUCGUUCAAAGCGGACGCAGACACGGUGCUCCUCUUCCUGAAGAGUGUCCAGAAGAUCUCGCUGCACGUGCGAGAGUGCGACGGUACGGAGCGAGUGUUGUUUGAGGUCACGGCCGCGGAGAACCCCGACGAUAAACUGGAAAAGCCAAAUGCCCUGAAGACGCUGUGUCAGGCAGUGGACAGCUACAGCAACGGGGUUCCCAGCUCCGUCGUCACGUGUGUCACGUACCAACUUCACAUGGAGACUCAGGAUGAAACAUCCAAAGAGACUCAGAGGACCACAUGGCUGGUUUGCAACGGCGUUGGGGGCAGAGGGAUGUGCGCAGAGCUGGACUCUCUGGCCGACGACUUGAAGUUCAUGCCAACAAUUGGCAUCGCCUUGCCGCUGACUGUCAUAGACCAGGAGGACAGAGGCGCCACGCCCGGUUUCUCAGGACGGGCCUUCUGCUUUCUCCCUCUUCCGCCAGGCGAGGAGAGUGAAACGGGGCUUCCAGUGCAUGUCAGCGGCUUCUUUGGCCUCACCGACAACCGCAGGAGCAUCAAGUGGCGAGAAGUGGACCAGUGGAGGGACCCAGCCGCCCUGUGGAAUGAGCUGCUUAUAAUAUCUGUCAUCCCCAAGGCUUAUUUCACUCUCAUAGUGGAGGCUAUAAAGAGGGUGCAGGCGAAAAAGGACCAAGACUUUCCUUUGUCCCCAACAGGGACUUACGGGGCAUGGCCAGACCCUAAGCAGGUCAAGACGCGUUGGACGCCCAUUCUCCAGCCGCUCUUUCAUGAACUGCUGCAGCAGCAAGUCAUCUAUUCCCUCAGUGAGAGCUGGGUCGGAGUGGACCAGGCUGUCUUCUCAGAGCUGGACACAGACGAUGAUAUCUCAGAGACGAUCAUCGGCUACCUCCAAAGCUCAGGAAUACAGGUAGCAAAGGUGCCGGCUGCAGUGGACUGUGUCUUGGCUUCCUACGUGGCCGAGUCCGCUGAGGUGAAGAAGGUUACUCCGUCUUUACUGCGGCAGACGAUCAGGAAGUGCAAACACAAAGGUCCCUCGCAGGAGAAGCUGCUGCUGCUGGAGUUUGCGCUCAGCGACGCCAAUUACAGCGACCUUAUAGGCCUGGAGCUCCUGCCACUUCAGGAUGAGACCUUUGCAUCAUUUUCAUCUUCUGUCAGUGAAAAGGAUGCCAUUUACAUCGCAUCUGAAGCGUUCCCCAGGUCUCUCUAUCCAGGACUUGAGCGUCGAUUCCUACUGGAAGCGGUGAAGCCUUCAGUGAUGGACAGUUUAAAGAAGGCGGCCAAAAGCAGAGUGCAACAGUUUCAUUGGGGGUGUUCAGGAAGACCCUGUACUCAGCUACAAGUGUUGAAUCCGGAACGAUCAGCUCGACUCAUCAAGGAGAUCCUCUCCACAGCCUGGCCAACAAGAGACUUCAGUGUAGAGUGGGAACCUGGAAACAAGGAGCUCAAGCAUCCCACAGUAUCCUGGUUAAAAAUGGUGUGGAAGCAUCUCUAUAUGGAUUUUUCUGAGGACUUAAACACAUUUGAAGACAUGCCUUUGAUCCCGCUUAUGCCCCUUGAGGAAAGCAUGAGCACAGCUAAGCUUCUGCGUCUCAAAACCCCUUCGCCCAUAAUUCACGUGGAUGAUGAAGAGGCACCCAUUUCUGAAAGCCUCCUUGACAUUCUGGAAAAGCUUGGUGGUGUUGUCAUAAAAAAGCUGGACUCGUGUUUGCAGCACCCUCAGCUUAAGUGCUACAUCCACCCGUGCUCUCCUGGUAUGUUUUUGCAAGUCCUACACAGACUACCAACACAGCGGUUGUCUAGCCAAGUCUCAGCUUUCUCAGCAGAAGAGAAAAUCACGCUCAGAAAAUUUCUUGCGGGACUGUCCGACAUCACGGAAAAGGAGAAACAUACAUUACUUGAUCUCGCUAUCUUUGAAAAAGCGGGAGCCUCUGCUGAAGGUACCUCAGCGUUUACAUCAAUGAGAGGCGCAAAAGCCUUACAUCACAGAGCCAAGUAUCCACCAGAUGUGAAGCUGUCAGAAAACCUUGUGGCUUGUCAUGAUGAGGAAUCGAUCCGUCUCAUCAAGAUGCUCAACGUGGAACAAGUUAAAACAACAGAAUGUCUGAAGAUGAUUAUUCAGGACAUCGACAAAGGGUUCUACUCAAAGGAUGAAACUACCCAGAUCAUGCUCUGGGCUCUUAAACAUCUGGGGUUUUUAAAGAACGAAAACUCCUCUGUGAUCGGGUGGCUGUCUGCUCUUAAAUUUAUUGAGUUGCCCUGUGGAAGGUCGGUAAAAGCCUCAGAUAUUUUUGACCCUGAACUAGAGAUUUUACAGCAUUUGUUCUACAAGGAAGAGAAAACGCGGUUUCCCACGAGUACGUUUACAACAUCUCCUGAUAUUCUCCAUUCACUUCGACAACUGGGGCUCAGAAAUGAGGUGCAGGUCAGUGAGAAAGACGUUCUCAAAGUGGCAAAAAGGAUAGAGGAGCUGCAAAGCAGCGAGGAGCCUGAAUGGGACCUAAUAAUCAAAAAGCCUUACCUCUACUCUCUGCCAAAAACAAUGAGAAAAUUUCACAAACUCUUCAAGUUUUGUGGCUCGGUUGAAGAGGUCGUCCCAAGCCAUGUGUUUGACGUGAUCGCCACUAUCCAAAAAAGAUGUGAUGAAGAGAUAAGCAAGGAGGAAAGUAAACACAAUAUUUUGCUGUUGAUCAACAUCCUUAGAUGGCUGUACAACAAUCAGAUCCCAGUGGACACUAAUAUGCACCUGCCCAUUCUUUGCUACAAGAACUCAAGCAAAUUAGCCAUGAAACCCAUUCACGAAUGCACCUACUGUGACAUCAAGGUGGACGACUUAAAUGACUUGCUCGAAGAUGCCUCAGAACCAAUUAUAUUGGUCCAUGAUGACAUCCCGAUGAAAACUGCUGAAUGGUUGAAAGUCCCGUGUCUGAGCACAAGGUUGAUCAACCCAGAGAAUCUGGGAUUUGAGCAAUCAGGCCAGCAAGAACCUCUAACAGUGAGAAUAAAAAAUAUCUUGGAGGAAUAUCCAUCUGUAGCAGAUAUUUUUAAGGAGCUCCUCCAGAAUGCUGAUGAUGCCAGCGCAACAGAGUGCAGUUUUCUCAUCGACAUGAGAAAAAACAACGACAUCCGGGAAAAUCUCCUCGACCCUGGCAUGAUCAUUUGCCACGGGCCCUCUCUGUGGUCUUUCAAUAACGCUGUAUUCACAGACACAGACUUCCUGAACAUCACGCGGCUCGGCGGUCAGUGA